UGUCAAAGAUGAACACUGGGAUGGAGUUAAUCAGGUGAAAAUGGAGAAUCAGUUAGUAGUUGGGGUUAAAUCCGAAAAACCAGAAGCAGAACCAACUGUGAACAACACAAAGUUUGAAAAUAUGGACAUUUGGACACUAAAUGAAGAGUUUGAUAUCAAAAAUGAAUGUGAAAUGCUCGUCCAAAAUAAAGAUAAAGCGGGAAAAAGGAACAACGAAAUCCACCGAUCGAAGAAGGAAAACAGUCGUUCAUCUGCUAUAUUUGUAACUAUAGCGAGCCAUUGUAAAAAGGGUUUGAUCGGUCAUAUCAAAAGGAAACAAUUGCUAUUUACGAUCUAAUUUGGGAAAAUCACGAUCUGUAUCCAGAAAACAGUAUCUGUAAUCGUUGCAAUCAAAUGUAAUAAGGUGUUCAAAAGCAAAACAUCACUAGAUAAUCAUUUUGGUUAAAAGGCAUGUAGGAUCUAUGGCGUCAGUUUCAUCUAAAAUACAUGAAUGCGCAUUCUGUGAUUUUAAAACCGCUUAUAAAGGGGAUAUAACCAGGCAUGUGCUAAAGCAUACUACUAAACUACGCAUAUGCAGACAUUGUAAUACAUCAUUUAAAACAGAACGAUCGCUUUUUGGCCAUAUUUAAAGAGACAUCCCAACUUUAGCGGGACAGUUUCUAGUAAGAUAUGAAUGUAUGCAUUGUCCACAUAAACAAAUAGCUAGGAGAAGUUUUAUAAGGCACCUGGCAAGACAUGAUACUCAAACGACUUUCAAAUGUAAUAACUGUGAUGCUUCAUUCAGUACUAAACGAUGCUUAGAAAACCACGUCUUACAGAAACAUCCUAAAUUUGAGUCAUCCGUGUCCUGUAAAAUACAUAAAUGUACACAUUGUGAA